AUACUUUUACUAUUUUACUUUUGAUGCUUAUUUUAUGCACAUGACUCUUUAAAGGGAAAGGGAGGCUGCUUAUUUGUCUUUUCUUUUAAAUCUGCUCAAAUAAACCCCUAGUCUUCUCUCUUUUUGGCUAUUCUGCUCCAAUAUCUAACCAUAUUGGCAUAUAACUCUAACAGUUCCAUCCAACACUAGAACGGGUGGCCUUUCUCAGUGAGCUGAAGGGACACAAGGGGCCUGAUUUAAUUUGAUUCAAUCUGAUUCAUAAAUAGCAAUGGUAUUCAGAAUAGUUUGAUUAAAUAAAUAGUCUUCUUAAUAGUUAGAAGAUGUCAGUAAGAAAUGUUUGCCACAAACACCACCAAAAUGGCCAGCAAUAAAACAAGCCCAUCGCCUUCCUGGGGAUGCAAAGGACAUCAAUUGACAUGCAGGCAGGGCAAUAAAACCUUAGGAACAGUCCUAGAUGUGAGGGUCAGAGAUGGUGUUUUGUUUCUGUUUGAUUUUGACAGAUGGACAUUUGUUGUUUGUUGUUUUGAUAAAUGUCAGGCGUGAGAAUAAGGAUAUUUGUGAAUUGUACUUGGAAGAAUAUUAUAAAUACCCCAUGUGAAAUCUCGGUCGGUGUGCCACUUCUUUUCACGAUGGUCACCCGCAGCUCUGUUUGCAAAUAAAUCUGCGUAUUUCUAUCUCCUCUGCUUCCAAGUUCCUUCACUGGAAAACCGGCACAAGGGGGUUCUGCAAGGUUUGCCUUCUUUAAAAAGGGGUUUUGCAUCCGAGCCUCAACAGAGCCAGAUUUUGCUUCUGCUUUUCUUCUGUGCAUGUUUACAACAAUAACUUAAUCACAGAAAGGUGCUUCUUGUUAAAUUUAGACUGAUGACAUUUCUAUCUUGCAGAACCAGAAUAUUCUAAUCUGUUGGGUGGGGUGAAAUAAUCCAUGGCAAAACAGAGGACAAAGAUCUUUCUCCAAACCUUUGUGCUUCUAGUACCCAGCAAACAACCUGGUUCUUGGCCCGUCUCUCUUUCCAGGGGAGGUGCCACGGUGGUAGAAAGGGUGGGAUCCCAGGCUGAUGGAAGUGGUAUGCUAUAAAUCUCAUUGUCCAGACAAAGGGGUUCCAGUGGAGCUGCAGGACAGACUGAGAUUUCAGCUCUCUGUUGAAGGCUCAAUCUCAAGGCAUAGUAACUGAGCCCCAGUGACAUGGAUGUCAAGUACAACGUCCGGGUGACAACGGGGAAUUUCGUCCAAUCAGGGACACGCGACUUCAUUCUCAUCACUUUGGUGGGCACCGAGGGAGAGAGCCCCAAAACUGCCCUGGACAACUGGGGAGUGGACUUCUAUACUGGUGCGGUGAGUGAUUAUGAGGUCUCUUGCAAGCACGACCUGGGAGAUAUUGUGCUCCUCCGUCUCCACAAAGAAUGCGUCCUCAAGCUCUUUGCCACAAACUGGUAUUGCACCUUUAUCACCGUGACGUCCCCAAAAGGGCUGGAAUACCGCUUUCCUUGUUACCAGUGGAUGGAAGGGUGCCAGACUUUGGAGCUGAGGGAAGGGACAGCUAAAACCCCUGCCAUGGAUACACUACCCUUACUCAAAGACUUCCGGAUUAAGGAGGUUCAAAAGAGGCAGGCUGAUUAUGGGUGGAAGAUAUUUGCCGAAGGUGUCCCGCACUGCCUGGAUGUCUCUUCUAUGGCGGAGCUAGAAAGUGAGGUCAAAUUUUCCUUCACCAAAGGGGCCCUUUUUGCUGAGCGUGGAGCAAGCAAGGCGAUAGAGCUCAAGCUGAGAGGUUACUCUGACAGCCAAGAAUCCUGGAAGCACCUGGACGACAUCAAGGAUGUUUUCUGGUUCAACAAGUCGGAUCUAUCAGAAUACAUCACAGAGCACUGGAAAGAAGAUGCUUUGUUUGCGUACCAGUUCCUGAAUGGAUUGAAUCCAAGAAUGAUCCAGAGAUGCACCAAGAUCCCUCCGAAAUUUCCUGUGACCAAUGAGAUGGUGGCCAAGUUCCUUGGAGAUGAUACUACGCUGGAGAAAGAGUUGGAGAAGGGCAACAUCUUCAUUGUGGACUACAAGCUCCUGGAGGAUGUCCCGGCUGGAUUGAAUAAUGAACGCCAGCAGUACAUUGCUGUCCCCUUGUGCUUGCUGCACCUCUCCAAACAGAAGCAUCUCAUGCCCUUGGCCAUUCAGCUCAGCCAGACCCCAGGCCCGGAGUCUCCCAUUUUCCUGCCGAGUGACGCUGAAUGGGAUUGGAUCCUGGCCAAAACCUGGGUGCGCAAUGCUGACUUCCACGUCCAUCAGGCUGUCUCGCAUCUGCUCCGGACUCACCUGUUGGCCGAGGUGUUUGCUCUGGCCACCAUCCGCCAGCUGCCCAUGUGCCACCCGCUCUACAAGCUCCUGAUUCCUCACACACGCUACACCUUCCAUAUCAAUACUGUGGGACGGGAGAACCUCAUUUCAAAAGGGGGGAUCUUCGAUGAGCAAACUGCUCUUGGUUUCGAGGGCUUGGUGAAAGUGUUACAAAAAGGAACUAAGGCCUUGACUUUGACUUCGCUGUGUCUUCCGGAAGACCUGGAGGCUCGUGGGGUGUCCUCUUUGCCCCAUUACUACUACAAGGAGGAUGGCAUGAAGCUCUGGGCAGUUGUGGAGAGAUUCGUCUUUGGCAUCAUCGACUUGUAUUAUCCAAAUGAUCACUCUGUGCAGGAAGAUUGUGAGCUGCAGAAGUGGAUGGAGGAGGUCUUUGAGAAAGGCUUUAUGGGCCAAGCGUCUCCUGGCAUCUCUUCCUCGUUCUCAUCUGUGCAAGAGCUGAAAAAGUUCCUGACGAUGGUGGUUUAUACCUGCUCAGCCCAGCAUUCAGCAGUUAACAGUGGGCAGUUUGAUUUUGGUGCCUGGAUGCCCAACUUUCCAUCAUCAAUGAGAAAACCCCCGCCAUCCACCAAGGGCACAGCAAGCCUGGAGGACUUCAAAGACACCAUCCCUGAGAUCAACACCACAAGCACCAUUCUCAGCACCCUAUGGCUGCUCAGCGCCCCAACAGGAGACAUGAUCCCCCUGGGCAAUUAUCCAGAGCAGCAUUUCACAGAAGAGUCGCCCAGAAGACUCAUUGCUGCCUUCCAAAAGGAACUGAAGGAGCUUUCUGAGGAAAUUGAGCAGAGGAACAAGUCCAUGGUCAACAUGGAGGGACCAUUCCCUUUCGGCUACAAGUAUCUCUACCCCCCAGAGAUUGAGAACAGUGUCUCCAUCUAAGCCAUAGGAGAGAAAGAGUCUCUAAAAACUGUUUCUACAGUCUAGCUGUUUCUGUAUUUUCUUUGCAUGGUUUUCUGCAUAUGUUUAAUAGGCAUGAUGUGCCUCAAUAAAGUAAAUAUCACAAUCA